AGUACACAGUAAAGCGUGGCCGCGGCUCCUCCCCCUCGACCCAAAUGACAAGCUAGUGGAAUCGUCCGCCGUCGCUCACAAAAAAAAAAAAACCGCCGAAAUAAAGCCGUAAUGCGGUCGCUUUCAUCGUCAUUUGUCGCUUCUUAGUCGCGGGCCACGGACGCGGCGGGUGCGCGAAAGGCCUUUCGUCGGGCCCGUUUUGUCGGCAGCCAGUCGUUGCGCGGGAGGCGCGCGUCGGGAGCGGCGAGUCACAAGUUGCGGGUCAAGUUAACGUUUGCCAGUUUUCAUUUGACAGCGAAUUGUUCACGCCGACUAGCUCGCCUCGGUGCUAGUCGACGUCAGGUUUCAAAACAAAUCAAGCAGAGCCAGAGAGGUCGAGGUUGGUGCGUGACAUUUUCUCCAAAAGCUCUUAUUAUUAUUAUUUUUUUUUUUUCAGUUUUACUCAACGUUAACAGACAGAUUUACGUUGGACUUCUCGCCGGGAAAGGCUAACUUUGUGUUGAUUUCUUCGAGCGAGCUGGUUGCGAUCUAGUUCUGCUGCGUUCGGGAGGUUUACCAAGUGAAGUGUUUGAGCUACAGCGCUCAGUCGCCUACAAAAGCCACUUAAGUUCUUCCGAACCUUGGGAUUUAAAUGUCCGAAAAGAGUUCAUCGUCCGGCUCAGACGAAGAUGUGGAACCAGAAUCCGCACAACCUUUGGAGUUCGGAGGCGUUUUGAGCAAGUGGACCAACUACAUCCACGGAUGGCAGGACCGAUGGGUGGUGUUGAAGAACAACACUUUGAGCUACUACAAAUCGGAGGAUGAACGGGAAUACGGCUGCAGGGGCUCUCUGUGCCUCAGCAAGGCUGUCAUCACACCCCACGAGUUUGACGAGUGUCGUUUUGACAUCAGCGUCAACGACAGCGUGUGGUACCUCCGAGCCGAAGACCCCGAGCACAGACUCCAGUGGAUCGAGUCCAUUGAAUUGCACAAGGCUGAGUCCGGCUAUGGGUCAGAAUCAAGUCUGAGGCGUCAUGGUUCCAUGUUGUCUCUAACUUCAGCAGCCAGUGCCUUGUCUGCUACGUCCACGUCCUCUUUUAAGAAGGGACACAGGCUCUGCGAGAAACUAGCAGAAAUGGAGACCUUCCGAGACAUUCUUUGCCGACAAGUGGACACGCUGCAGAAAUAUUUUGACUCCUGCGCCGACGCCGUCUCCAAAGACGAGUUCCACAGGGACAGAGUGGAGGACGACGAAGAUGAUUUUCCUGCCACUUCAAGGCCAGACAGCGAAUGUUGUCACAACAACAACGGAAGCAAAGAGAAACUGUUCUCCCCCGCCAGUCCCAAAGGCAUCAAUGGCAUCGACUUCAAGGGAGAGGCCAUCACCUUCAAGGCCACCACGGCGGGCAUCUUGUCCACUUUGUCACAUUGUAUUGAGCUGAUGGUCAAACGAGAGGACAGCUGGCAAAAGAGACUGGACAAGGAGCUGGAGAAGCGGAGGAGGGUAGAAGAUGCCUACAAGUCUGCAGUGCAUGAACUGAAGAAGAAAUCCCACUAUGGAGGCCCGGACUAUGAGGAGGGGCCCAACAGUCUGAUCAAUGAGGACGAGUUCUUCGACGCGGUAGAGGCUGCCCUCGACAGACAAGACAAAAUCGAAGAGCAGUGCCAGUCGGAGAAGGUCAGGAUUCCUCGACUGACUUCAGUGCCCCCCGGUGACGUCUACUCCAGCGUCAGCACACACAGAUUCGCCACCAAGGCACGUAGUCAUUGCUCUUCCCUGUCCUCUGUCGAGCUAGUCAGUGCUUCAGAUGACAUUCACAGAUUCAGCACUCAGGUUGAGGAGAUGGUGCAGAAUCACAUGACUUACUCGCUUCAGGACGUGGGCGGGGAUGCCAACUGGCAGCUGGUCAUCGAGGAAGGAGAGAUGAAGGUGUACCGCAGAGAGGUGGAAGAGAACGGGAUCGUGUUGGACCCCCUAAAAGCGACACAUGCCGUCAAAGGGGUGACGGGACACGAGGUCUGCCACCACUUCUGGGACACCGCAGUGCGCUUGGACUGGGAGACCACCAUCGAAAACUUCAACGUGGUGGAAACGCUCUCAGACACCGCCGUCAUCGUUUAUCAGACACACAAGAGGGUGUGGCCCGCCUCUCAGAGGGACGUCCUCUAUCUGUCGGCCAUCAGGAAGAUCCUGGCGACCAAUGAGAACGAUCCCGACACCUGGUUGGUGUGCAACUUCUCCGUCGACCACGAAAAUGCGGCCCCCUCCAACCGGUGCGUCCGAGCCAAAAUCAACGUUGCCAUGAUCUGUCAAACGCUGGUCAGUCCACCAGAGGGCGAUAAAGAGAUCAGCAGGGACAACAUCUUGUGUAGAAUCACUUAUGUGGCCAAUGUAAAUCCAGGCGGUUGGGCUCCGGCCUCGGUGCUCAGAGCCGUCGCCAAGAGAGAGUAUCCCAAGUUCCUCAAACGUUUCACCUCUUACGUCCAGGAGAAGACUUCGGGGAAGCCCAUCCUGUUUUGAGAGGAGGCGACGACCCCCCCCCCCUCCCCCGAAAGGCAACAGCGUGUGCAUCCUGACAAGCACAACCGAGGACCCUCUUGAACACAAGACUGGUUGUGUGGCUUUAAUCCAUCAGUAUUUGUCCUUCUAUCUUAACAUUUAUGGGUCCUUUUUAUAUAUAAAGUUUCCUCCUCUGUGGUUUUCAAAUGAUUGUUAUUCGCUUUUUUUUUUUUUUUUGUAGAUUGUUUUGUACAUUUCUUAUGAUUACAUACUUGUGUUUUGGGGCUAACUGUUAGAAUCGAUGCUACUUGUUUGCUGCUGCUAAAAAGAGAGAAACGUCUUUGGCCCCUCUAGUGACGACGGCGUCUGCGUUCCGAUGGAGGGGGAAGCGCCUGAAGCUUUCUGAGCAGGUUUCUCUCUCAAAUUUCUUUCUACUUGUACGGCUUCUCCGGAGAGCAACCGGCAGGACUUGACGGAUUGUGCCGAGAAACCACACUUAGUUUACCAAAGCGACAAAUGUGAAUUGACUGUUAAAAGGCUUGAAUUAGAUGCUGGUCGGUCUGCCAUGUUAACUUUGGCUCAAAGUCUCUUUGACGCGUAGAACGGAUGCUACGUCGUUGCUUAGCUGCUAGCUCCUGACGACCGUUUAGCUAGCCGUAGCAUCUCGUGGUGUAAAGAAUUCCGUUCUUUAAUUGAGAGUUAAUUAGAUUUUUUUUUUCUUAAAACACCCCCCCCUCCCGACCUUUUGUCUGAACAGGAAAUGCCACCAAUUACGUUUUUUUUCGUAUGUGCACAUUUAGUUUAUCAACUUUGUCCUAAAUUUAGCAUUCCAGCGCUACAGUUACCGUAGUUCCCAGGUUACAAGAUGCGACUUUUUUUUUUUAGUUAGCGUUAGCAUUGCUGUGCUAACGUUUGGUGUUAGCACCGCCGCGCUAGCACCGUUGCAUUAGCAUUAAACUUUGUGUGUGUACCGAGGCUUAUCACCAGGUGCGCUCUAGGCCGGGAAUUACGGUAGAUUUUGCGGGCCACACUCGAGCGCGCAGCGAGCGAUGACGACGACAAACGACGUCCGGGGAUGCCUUAGACACCAGCGUUGAGUCUGGUCAUUCUUACUAUACAAUCACCACAUGUGCAUUUAACAACAGCGACGGGAAGUGUUUUUGUGUGGGGGGAGGGGGGGUGGGGGGGCUGGCAGGUUCAGCAUUUCACAUCAUGAUCAUACCUCAACAUUAAAAAAACGGCUCUGGAUUGUUUGGUAUUGGCCUCAUUAAAUUGAGAUUUUUUUUUUUUUUUGGGGGGGGGGUCAAUCACCCUCGUUGACACUGCUUAAGAAGGAUUCUGGAUUAUUUAUAAGAUCUACACACCAUGUCCGCUGAAGAGUAUAGCUACCGUUUUUAGUUUUGAUAUCGUCACUAAUCGGCACACUUUGUACGUGUGUAACUUGUACAUCAAAAGUGUUAUUAUUUGCACUAAAUGUAAUGCAAGUCGACAAAUGUUCUGUACAUUAAAAUUGCUACACCC